GCACCUCCGGGCCGCUCGGGCGGCGGCAGGGUGCCCGGGCCUCCUGCGCCCGCCGCCCUUUGGCGCUCACGACGCUGCAGCGUUUUGAGUGACAGACAUACCGAGAGCCGGAGCGGCGCGUCUGAGCCGGCCCUCCCGCCCACGCUCUGUUGCUUCCGCCCUCUCUUCUUCCUGAGUCCUUUCCUCUCUGUCUGCUUUCUCCUUUCCUUUCUCUCUGUCCCUCCUCGGUUCAGCCGCGGUCGGCCCUCCGGUUCGUGGCCGCCCCUGCCUGUGCGUGGCCUGCAAUUUUGGGGCACUGUACUUUCCCUGGCCUCUAGCAGCGCCGAGCCCCGUGCAUCUGCCUGCUUGCCAGGGACCGACUUCAAGAGGGCUGGGUGGGCACCCUGCAGCCGCCUGCUUGGGCUUGCUUGUUGGCUGGUUUAUUGGUAUAUCUGUCUGUCUGUGUGCUUGUGCAUGCACACACACCUGAGGCCGAUGGAGGACAUUGGAUCCAAAGAACUGGAAUCAUAGGCGGUUGUAAGCCAUCAUGACAGGAUGUUUGCUAGAGGGCUGAAGAGGAAAUAUGGUGACCAGGAGGAAGGAGUAGAGGGUUUUGGCACUGUCCCUUCCUAUAGUCUGCAGCGGCAGUCACUCCUGGACAUGUCCCUGGUCAAGCUCCAGCUCUGCCACAUGCUAGUGGAACCUAACCUCUGCCGCUCGGUCCUCAUUGCCAACACAGUCCGGCAGAUUCAGGAGGAAAUGAGCCGAGAUGGCGUGUGGCAUGGGAUGGCACCCCAGAAUGUAGAACGGGCACCAAUUGACCGCCUGGUAUCCACAGAGAUCCUGUGUCGUACAGCAAGAGGAGCUGAGGGGGAGCACCCUACUUCUGAACUGGAAGAUGGUCCCUUACCAAGCUCAGCUUCCGAGCUUCCCAUAGUCAGCUCAGCACAGGGGCAGAGGAACCCUCAGAGCAGCCUCUGGGAGAUGGACAACCCACAAGAAAACCGGGGAACCUUUCAGAAGUCACUGGACCAGAUAUUUGAGAACCUGGAGAACAAAAGCCCCAGUUCAGUGGAGGACCUCUUCUCAGAUGUGGACAGUUCCUACUAUGACCUGGACACGGUGCUAACAGGAAUGAUGAGUGGCACCAAGCCCAGUCUCUGUAAUGGCCUUGAGACCUUUGCUGCAGCUUCUCCUCCACCCAGCUCCACUUGCAAGUCUGACCUGGCUGAGCUGGACCAUGUAGUAGAGAUUUUGGUGGAAACCUGAGAGGAGGCCCUCGUGGGCCAAGGACAAGGCUACACUUCCCAUGGAGCUCACUUGUACUGUGACCCAGAGACAGACAAGCACUUGUCCCAAGAGGGGCUCUGACUCUUCAGCCAGGCCCCCUCCUCUCUGUCUGACUGAAAAAUAUCCUGGACAGAUUUUCCUCUGCAAGGGCUGCAGCCCUGGCUGCCCUCAGGGCUAGUUCCCUGAGGAGGGUGGCAGAUGCCAUCUCCAGGACUGAGCUCUCUGAAGGCUUCUGGGCCCUGGGCUCAUUUUCCUGUUGGUGUGAGGCUGGGAUCACUGUGGAGGAUGGUGUGCACAGCUGUGUCUAGUCUAUUUUACAGAUAGGCGAACUUUCUAAAAUUAAGUUUUAAAUUUGGGCAAUAUUUUGUCUUAAGAUAUAUUUUUUAAACUUUUUAUACUUUAGUAUUUUUUUUAGCUAUUUUCUUAAAAGUAUAUUUUUUCUACAAACAUCCUCUGCUGCUACGUUAGAAACAUUUAUAACCUAAAUAAUUACAAUUGGUGUGUCGUUCUUAAGGUUUAAAUAGAAAACUUUUUUGUUAAUGAGUCCACUCCCAAAGCAACUGUAAAUGUAGCCAGGGGUUUGCGGGAGAGCCUAGCUCCGUUAUGGUCUACAUUCUAUUAGCGUGCUUCAAAUGAGAACCAUGCACAGCUCCACUGCUCCCUCACUGGGUCUGCUCUACAAGUGCUGUCUUCCUAGGCUUCAGUAUGCAGGGUGGUUUUAUUUAUGCCUAUUUAUAUGUAAAUGCCACUGAAGGCUAAGGCCAAAUGUCUGGAAAUCACAGUACCAGUUCUUCAGAGAUAGCUGUGGCAGGCAGUGCCUUAUGUAGUCUUGUCCUUGGCCAUCACUGUCUUGUUCCCACCACAGCACUGUGUGUGACAGGAGGCCAUGACAUCCUGACAACACCCAGGACUGCGUACUCCCUGUUAGGUGCAUACAUGGAGGCUGCUGGGUGCCAGGCAUGUUUGUACUUGGAAAGGGUAUAUACCCCAUCCAUGACCUCACUAGGAAAUACUGUGCUUGCUUGCUUUUAAAAUGGUGCUCAAACAUUUUAAGGUGAAAAACAAUCUGACUCUAUAUAAUUUUAGGGCCCCUCCAUCCCAGGGUCCUGCUACCUGAUCACGUCAGACUCCUCCCCCAUGCAUGUUUUCUGUUUCUCGUGUGCUUUUUUAGACUUACCCACCUGAGCCUAAGAGGUUUUAUUUUGUAUGUAUGUAUAUGACUUCCUUGAUACCAACAAUGUAAACCUCACUUUUUAUUAAAAGUAUCCAGCAAA